GUACUGAUCGGCUGGCGUGUUGCCUCAGAAGUACCGCCUGCUCUGCCCCGGGCCUGGCUGGGAGGAGGGAGGCUCCAGGGCUGAGGGCCUCCCAGGGCAGCGGGUGCCACCAAGAUGUCACUCCACACCACGCGGGUGACUGCGCUCCUCUCUUGGGUGAACAGCCUGCAGGUGGCCGACCCCGUCGAGACCGUGGCGCAGCUCCAGGACUGCGAUGUCUUCCUCAAGAUCAUCAACCGCAUCCACAGCACCGAGGAGGGGCAGCAGGUCGCCCAGCAGCCCGUGCCCGAGCGACUCCACUUCGUCUGCAGUUUUCUACAGAAGCACUGCAAAAAGCGGUCUUCGGCAGAGAGUCUGCUUUCUGUCCAGAAGCUGGUGGAAGGGGAAGAGCUGGAACUGGCCAAGGUAACCAUGCUGCUGCUGUAUCACUCCACCAUGAGCUCAAAAAGUCCCAGAGACUGGAACCAGUUGGAAUACAAAGUCCAGGUGGAGCUGGCCGCCAUGCUGAAGUGCGUAUUGGACAGUGAGGAUGGACUCAGCCUCAGUGAGAACCUCGAGAAGUUCCUCCAGAAAGCCCCGCUCCCUUCCUGCAGUGAGGAACUGUCCCCGGCGCCCAUCCUCAGGGGCAAGCGAGAGGUUCGGUUCCUGGAGCUGCAGAAGAUCGCCUCCUCCUCUGACGUCAGCAGCUUCCUCGCAGGGUCUCCCGCCUCCCCGAUGGGUGACAUCCUGCAGACCCCCCAGUUCCAGAUGAGGCGGCUGAAGAAGCAGCUGGCGGACGAGAGGGAGAACCGGGACGAGUUGGAGGUGGAGCUGGUUGAAAACCGCAAGCUGCUUGCCGAGAAGGAGACCCAGAUCACCGUCAUGCAGCAGCGCAUCGAGCGCCUCACCCUGCUGAACGAGAAGCAGGCUGCCGACUCGCCGGAGCCUAAGGAGCUGGAGGAGCUGCGCGCCAAGAACGAGAGUCUGAUCCUGCGACUGCACGAGGCCCUGAAGCAGUGCCAGGACCUGAAGGCCGAAAAGGGCCAGAUGGACCGCAAGAUCGACCAGCUGUCCGAGGAGAACGGCGACCUGUCGUUCAAGCUGCGGGACUUUGCCAGCCACCUGCUGCAGCUGCAGGGAGCCCUGGACGAGCUGACGGCGGAGCACAGCCAGGCCACGCGGGAGUCGGGGGAGAAGCUGGCCCAGCUGGAGCGAGAGCUGAGCACCGCCCUGCAGGACAAGAAAUGCCUGGAAGAGAAGAACGAGAUCCUGCAGGGGAAGAUCUGUCAGCUGGAGGAGCAGCUGGCCCAGGCCGGGCAAGAGAGCCUGCCCCGGGAGAAGGGAGAAGUGCUGGGCGAUGCCUUACAGCUGGAAGCCCUGAAGCAGGAAGUAGCCUCCCUCACGGCCAAGUGUGCCGAGCUCCAGGCCACGGCUAGUCAGCUAGAGACGGAGCGGAACCAGCGGGAGGCGGAGCAGCAGGCGGAGCGGGGCCGCUUCGAGGAGGAGCGGCGGCAGCUGAACGGCCUCCUGGCCGACCUGCGGGCCUCGGCCUCCCAGCUGGCCCAGGCCAAGGAGCAGCUGGAGCAGGAGGCUCAGGCUCAGGAGGCCCGGCUAAGCGCUCGGAUCAGCACGCUGACUGCCGAGAUGACCACCCUGCGCAGCUCCCUGGAGCAGCGGCACGGCUGCGAGCUGGCCACCCUGUCGCAGCAGGCGGAGGAGGAGCGGGCCCAGCUGGUCCAGACCCUCCGCCGGGAGGAAGAGGCCGCCGGGGUCCUCCGCCAGCAGCUGGAGCAGCUGAGCGGAGGCCUGAGGCAGAAGGAGGAGCAGCUGGAAGAGGCCACCCGGCAGCGGGAGGAGGCCGGCCGAGAGGCGGCCCGGCAGCUGGCGGCCUGCGCCGGGGAGGCGGAGGGGGCCCGGCGGGAGAGAGACGAGGCCCGGGCUCGGCUGGGGGAGAAGGAGGCCGAGCUGGGAGCCCUGCGGCAGCAGCUGCGGCGGGCGGAAGCCGCCGGCGACGGAGCCCAGCGGGAGCAGGGGCAGCUGCGGCGGAAGGUGGAGGAGCUCGACGCCCAAGUGGCCCAGCUGGAAGCCCAGCGGGAGGCCGGGGCCCGGGCGGCCGAGGAGCUGCGGGGCCGGCUGCGGGACGCGGAGGCCCGGCUGCCGGCCGAGCGGGAGGGGCUGGCCCAGGAGAAGGCCCGGCUCCAGGACCAGGUGCAGGGCCUGCAGGAGGCCGUGCGGGACACGCGCGGCCUCCUGGAGGAGGAGCGCCGGCGGGCGGCGGCGGAGCGGGAGGACCACGGGCGGCGCGUGGCGGAGCUGGAGGCGGAGGCCCGGGCCCUGGAGGAGCGGCGGGAGCGCGACCGGCGGGCGCUGGACGAGGAGGAGGCCGGCCGGCUGAGGCUGGAGGCCCAGGUGCAGCGGCUGGGCGAGGAGCACCGGGCGGCCGGCGAGGCCUGGCGGCGGGAGCAGGCGGAGGCCCUGGCCGCCCAGCGCCGCCAGGACGAAGGGGAGCGGGAGCGGCUGGCGGAGGAGGCGGCCUCGUGGCGCCGGCAGUGCGAGGAGGGGAGGGAGGCGCUGCAGGCCACGCGCCAGGAGGGCGAGGAGGCCCGCCGGGAGCUGCGGGCCGCACGGGAGCGGGUGGCGGAGCUGGACGGCCGCGACACGGGGCGGCGGGAAGAGGCGGACGGGCUCCGCGCCGACCUGGCCGGGGCCCGGCGCCGGGCCCAGGAGGAGGAGGCCCGGGCGCGACGGCUGAGCCGGGAGCUGGCGGAGCUGCGGGAGGCCGCGCGGCAGGCGGAGGAGGAGCGGGAGCGGGCCGGCCGGGAGCUGGCCGAGGAGCGGCGGCGGGCCGCCCAGCUGGAGGAAGCCGUGGGGCGGCUGGAGGAGCGGCGAGAGCGGGAGCUCGGUGGCGCCCGGGGGGCCCUCAGGGCCCAGGAGGAGGAGGUCGAGCGGCUGGCGGGCGAGCUGGAGCGGGCUCGGGCCGCCGCGGAGGAGGGCCGCCGGCAGCAGCGAGAGGAGCUGGCGCGACGCGAGCAGGAGGCCGCGGGGAGGCUGGAGGAGGAGCGCGCCCGGGCCCGGGAGGAGCUGGCCGCCGAGAAGGCGUCCGGGGCCGAGCUGGAGGCGCAGCUGCAGCGGGCCCGGGAGCGGCAGCGGACGGAGCUGGCGGCCCUGCAGGAGGCCCUGGCCGCCGCCCAGGAGGAGGCCGCGGCCAAGGAGCGGGAGCUGACCGAGCUGCGAGGCCGGGAGGAGGAGGAGGAGGAGGAGGCGGCGGGGAGCCCGCGGCAGGCGGCCGAGCGGCCCGAGGGACCGCCGGGACACGGAGCCGGCUCGGCGGAGGUGGAGCGGCAGCGGCGGGGAGCUGAGAGAGAAGGGGAGGCGGAGGAGGAGCCGCGGCACCCGGUGGGCAGCCUGGAGCGGGAGGUGCGGGCCCUGCAGCGGCAGGUGGAGGACAAGGACGGGGAGAGCCGGGAGCUGCGGCGGCUGGCGGCGGCCGAGGCCGAGAAGGGCCGCGAGCUGGAGGAGCGGCUGCGGCGGCUGCAGGCCGAGGCGGCCGAGGCCCGGGCCCUGAGGGAGGAGGCGGAGCGGCAGCGGGCGGCGGCGGCCGCGGGCCUCAGCGGGGAGCUGGCGGCCCGGUGCGAGGAGCUGGCCCAGAAGGAGCAGGCCCUGGCCGGCCUGCGGCUGGAGCUGAGCGGCGCCCAGGCCCUGGUCGGGGAGCUCCUGCCCGUCAGCCGCCUCUACCAGCAGCUGCAGGCCGAGCGGGAGGCCCUGGACGGCCGGCACCGCGGGGAGCUGGAGCGGUGCCAGCAGGCGGCCUUCGGGCUCCAGGAGGAGCUGGCCCAGGCCCGCCAGGAGCUCGCGGAGCUGCGGCCCCUGCCGCAGAAGCUGGCCGAGCAGGAGCGGGCGGCCGAGCGGCUGCGGGCCGAGGGCGCCCGCUCGGCCGAGCAGCUGGAGGCCCUGCGGCGGGCCCGGGGCCAGCUGGCCGAAGAGCUGCGCGGCCUCGGGGAGCGGGCCGCCCUGGGCCGGCAGGGGCUGGAGGCCGAGCUGGGCCGGGCCCGGGAGCACCACGCCCGCGAGCUGGCCGAGGCCGAGGCGCGGGCCGCCGGCAGUCGGAGCGAGGCCCAGGAGGCCGCCGGCCGGCUGAACACCCUGCUGGCCCAGUACGAGGCCGCCAAGGGCCAGGCCCUGAAGGACAGGCAGCACUUCCAGGAGGAGCGGCAGAGGCUCACCGCUCAGGUGAAGCAGCUAGAGUUAUUUCAGAGGGAGCAGAGCAAGCAGGUGGAAGAGCUGAGUCAGAAGCUGGAACAGCGGGACUUGGCCAGCCAGGCCCAGCAGCAGAAGCUGAGGCUGCACGAAGGUGAGAUUCAGAAAGAAGCCCAGGCUCAGCUGAGUGAGCUGCAGGCCCAGCUGAGUCAGAAGGAACAGGCGGCCGAACACUACAAACUGCAGAUGGAGCGGGCCAAAACCCACUACGACGCCAAGAAGCAGCAGAACCAGGAGUUGCAGGAGAAGCUGCAGGGGCUGGAGCGGCUGCAGCAGGAGAAGCAGGAGCUGCAGGACAAGCUGCAGGGGCUGGAGCGGCUGCAGCAGGAGAAGCAGGCGCUGCAGGCCAAGGCAGACCAGCUGGACCAGGAGCUGCAGCAGGCCCGGCUGCAGGGCAAGGAGGCCGAGCAGACCCGCCUCCACCUGAACGCCCAGGUGCGCACCUUGGAAGCGCAGCUGGCCUUCGCAGACCAGCAGCUCCGAGAUUUGGGCAAGUCGUACGUGGCCUCGGACGCGCUGAAGAGCCGGGAAGCCCGGGCGCAGCCGCCGCUGGACCUGAGCACCGAUAGCCUGGACCUGAGCUGCGAUGAGGGGACCCCCCUGGCGGUGUCCAGGAAGCCGCCCCGGGCCCCGCCGGCCGGCGCCGGAGCUCCCGGGGAGCCCGCCUCUCCGGUGUCGCAGCGCCUGCCCCCCAAGGUGGAGUCCCUGGAGAGCCUCUACUUCACCCCCCUCCCCGCCCGGGGCCAGCCCGCGCUGGACCGCAGCGACCUGUCGCUCGACUCUGGCCGCCAGACCCGCUCGUCCCGUCGCCGGACCACGCAGGUCAUCAACAUCACCAUGACCAAGAAGCUGGACCCGGAAGAGCCGGACAGCGCCAACUCCUCCUUCUACAGCACGCGGUCGGCUGCGGCCCCGCGGCCCGGCCUGCGCUCGGCCACCUCCGCCCAGUCCCUCGCCAGCUGCCCCUCCCGGGAGUCGCUGGCCCGGCUGGGAUCCCCGGAUGACGACGUCGGCGGCGGCGGCGGCGGCGGCAAUUCGGCCCUGCUGGGCUUGCCGGGCUACCGCCCCACCACCCGCAGCUCCGCCCGCAGCUCCAUGGCCGGACCCUCCACCCGCGCCUCGCUCGGUCGCAGCAGCUUCUACCUGGGCACGUGCCAGGACGAGCCCGAACCGUUGGACGACUGGAGCCGUAUCGCCCAGCUGCAGCAGCGCAACCGCAUCUGCCCGCCCCACCUGAAGACUUCCUACCCCCUGGAGUCCAGGCCCUCCCUGGGCCUGAGCACCAUAACGGACGAAGACAUGAAGACGGGCGACCCCCAGGAGACCCUGCGCCGGGCGAGCAUACAGCCGGCUCAGGUGGCCGAGCCCACGGCCGCCCACCGCCUCGCCACCCGCCAGCUGCGCAAACGCCGCUCGGGGGACUCGCACCAGGGGCCCGGCACCCCCGAGCCCAAGAAGUCAGCCGGCUGCUUCUCGCGCCCUCUGACCCCCCGGACCCGGCAGGAGGGACGCCGGCCCAGCCUCAGCGCGGACGGCGAAGAGUCGGCAACCACCAGCAAGCGGGCCCAGCGGCGCCCGUCCAUGGCUUACAGCAUUUUCAACACCCCCAAGAAGCUGGGGAGCAGCCUGCUGCGGCGGGGUGCGGCCAAGAAGGCUCCCAAGGACUUGCCCCAGCCCCGCGGCGGCACCCGACGCUCCCCCCGGGGCACCGGGGCCAAGGCCGACUCCAAGCACUAAGACCGGGACGCUGGAGCCGCCCCCGGCCGUCCCCUCCUCCCCCCUUUGCUGGGAUGAGGUCGGGGGGCUAGACCGAAGGUGGGCCCG